AUGUUGUUCUCCAAACAGCGUUCAAAAGCAGAGGCCUCCCAGGACAAGGCCUCCAACGGGAAUCGACUGUCAGGCGAGGACCCUGAAGGCCAGGCUAAACCUUCAAAAGCUGCAACCCGCCGGUGGUUUUCGACUUUUCGCCCCAAAGCACAACCGCGUAAGGAAAGUCUUGUGUCGAAUUCAAGUCACGGUGGCUCAAACAGUCGGAAUGAUGCUGGACUCCUUGAGAACCCUCGUCAUCCUGUCAACGUUAAUCACCGGAGAAGCCUCAGCAAUGUCUUCAAGACCGUCAAGGCCAGAUAUUCUCGCGAUAAGCUAGACAAAAAUGAAUCAGACUGCCGUGAAGCAGAAGUGAUAGAAGCCUUAGAACCCGCCUCCCCGAUUGCUCAGGAUCCCAUCCCAUACAGAUUGGAGCCAAGACAAUUUUCGCCUCCUCCUCGUCUGGACGUCUUGUCUGAUUAUUCGUCGCAUGACUCGUCAGCAGAGCCCCCUACAUUUCGUGCCUGUCUGGAAAAGGCAGUGGCUGACAUCAACAUCAAGUACGAAACACCAUCUAACUCACGCUUGAUGGAGAAUAUGACAGAUACGGGAGCCAAACGGUUGACGAACCUUACUUCUUUGUCAUUCUAUGCAAGAAGCUCUUUCCGACCUCGGUACCAGCUGCCCACCUUUGUUGAUGCUCCCGUCAAGACUGCACAAUCUACAGCAGGAGACCUACAGCAACUCUCACCAAGAGAGUCAGCAGAGUCUUCUUUUCCAACAGACCGAAAAGCUCUUGAAAGAGGCGAUGAGAGAGGUUGCCGUUUGCCCACCCUUUUACUCGAUGAAGUCCUAGGCCCAAGUCUCGAUCUUGGGAAAUUCAUGACGCCGCAACAGACGACUGAACCAACCGUCUCUGGUGACUCGGGAGACUGCCUCACGAAAGAUGCAGUAGAGUCGGCAUCAUCUAAGAGCUCGAUAGGGACCGUCGUUUGCGAACAUGCCGCAAACAACAAUAUCGAACCUAAGACAGAUACGGAUGCUAAGCAACACGAUCCAGGCACCGUCACCCCGAAAGACGAUCUGGUACCCUCUGUGCGUUCGACAAAUGCAGCAACCACGGGCGAUGCAACCUCUACGCCUGCUAAACAAGCACGUGGUAGAAACCGUUCCAACAGUGAUCAACCACUACGCAGCCCCUCUGGGUCCAAUUUUGGAAGUUUUGAUCACGAGAGUCUAGUAUCGGAGAUCUCCAGCAGGGAAGUAAGACGUCUCCGUUCGAAGAGUACUUCUGACAACUCAGAAAACUAUUUUGAAAUGAUGUUGAAUCACCGUCAGACUUCCGGGAGCAGUCAGAUAUCUAUGUCUCAUGAUGACAACAUUCCUUCGGUCUCUGAGCUAGUCAGCAAGUUUCGACGAAUGGGGUCGCUGCCGGGCAAGUUUCCCGAGAAGUCGCCUUUGGAGACACCCAAUCCACAUCCAGCAUUGCGAAAAGUGUCACGAGGGAAACAGUUUGAGACAUAUCGAAAUCGGUUUUCAAACGAUUCACAACCGGACUUGGGUCUAAUGUCUAAUUCCGAAGAAGCAGUUGACUGCUUUCAGCUGGUUGUUCCCAAAACAGGGGUGCGUGACCGUGACUCCCUCAGCUCCGAGGAUGUGGCGGCCUAG